AUGACGAGCAAUAUCGAGUCGAGCAAUCAACAGUGUGUUCCUUCAUCCUGUGGUGACGUUCGUAAUAUAAGCUUCCCAUUUCGACUGAAGAGUGACCCGCCGGCAUGUGGUGUAUCAAGAUUCGAGCUGGCUUGUAAAGAUAAUCGCACUGUUCUGAACUUCCUUAAUGGUAAGUACUAUGUGCAGUUUAUCGAUUAUACCAAAGAACAAAUUAGAUUGGUUGAUGGCGGGCUGCAAAGGGAUAACUGCUCGUCUCUCCCCCAUUUUCAUGACUUCAAUAUGAGUUCCUAUAUAUUGGCCCCAUAUAGCGGCCUGUACAACAAAAGUACAAAUAGUAUAUUGGUCAUUGUGAACUGCUCAAAACCUGUUAGUUCUCCAUUCUACAUUGCCACCAAUCCAUGCAUUAAGGGGUCAUACUCUACCAACAUGUCAUCGAAUUGGAACUUGUAUGCUUUGGUCAAUCCAAAGGUAUCGGAUGUUAGGGAUUUUUGCACCAUUAGCGGUUGGACAUGGGCGUCACAUGAUUUUGGGGAUGAGCAGGCUCAUAAUAGCUCUUUCAACUACAAGCAAAUCCAUAACAUCAUGGCCGAUGGAUUCCUUCUCCACUAUUUAAUAUCUUCAUGGAAGAAAACUUUCUUUUGCUACUUUGAUAUCUAUGGCUACUUUCGGCUCGGUCGUUACUUUUAUUCCGAGCGCUUAAGUGUUGGCAGCAUCGGAGGUCAGGCUUGCACAUCCAUGUACUAUCAUGGCGGUAAGUAUUGA